CCCGCCCGUCAUCGCCUACUUCCCGUCCAUGAUCCCUCCAAUCAGUAGCUUGUUUACUAGUAGUAGCUUAAUCACACACGCUUAAGCUAGCUAAUCACCGGUUGCUUCCGUCCAUCUCAUCUGCCUACUCCACCGAUUAGCUAACGCAAAUGGUCUUUCCUAAUUUUCUUUCGAGAGAGGGUAUAAGAGUGGUCGCGGUCGUCGUCUUCCUCCCUCCUUCCAUUCUCUCUCUCUCCUUAGCUUGCUACUAGUCUACUACUACUCGCAGCAGCGCUGUCCUGUUCGUCUUCUCGCUCUCGUCCGCCUCCCGUUGAUUGAUUCGGCGUGCGGCCGGCGGCGAUGGCGAUCGGGGGUUGCUUGCCUGCAGCGAGCCGGGUCCCGGUGUGCUCGGCCAGUCAACGAGGAGGAGGUGCCUGUAGCCUAGCUGAGCUAUAGUGCUCGACCGAUCUGCUGCUUCUUGGCCUCCUGGGGGAAGAAACGAGAACAGCCGAGGCGUACGAGCUAGCUCGCAAGGACAGGACAAGCCAUGGAAGGAGCCCCAGUUAAUUUCCAGUGACGCGCACCAUGGAUCCCCAGACAUUUGUGAGGCUGUCAGUCGGGCAGCUUGGCCUGAGACUCCCCGGUGCAAGCUCCAGGAAGGCUUGCCACUGCGAGAUCAGGCUCCGAGGCUUCCCCGUUCAGACAGCUCCGGUGCCUCUGACAAAUUCUUCAGAGUUCAACCUCGACCCGCACACGAACGUCGCCGUCUUCUCGCUGGACGAGCCCGGUCUCAAGGCCCUAUCGACGCCGGGCUGCUUUCGAGCCCCGGAGCCGCCGUACGUCGAGAUCGCCGUGUAUGUGGGCAGGCGCGGCGGCGGUGGGUAUUUCUCUGGGAUGAGGCGGCGGCUGAUCGGGUCGGUCAGGGUGGAGAUCGGGCCGGAGUGGCGCGACGGGAAGCCCCUGCUGCUUCACCACGGCUGGACGGGCGUCGGCAAGGGGGAGCUGCACGUGAAGGUGAAGGCGGAGGCCGACCCCCGGUACGUGUUCCAGUUUGAGGACGAGGUCGCGCUGAACCCGCAGGUGGUGCAGCUCCAUGGCAGAGCCAGGCAGCCCAUCUUCAGCUGCAAGUUCAACCGCGACGUCCGGCGGGCGUCGCAGCCGGAUCAUUUGGGCGGGCAGUACUGGUCGACCUCCGGCAGCGGCGAGGAGAAGGAGAUGGCGGGGAGGAGGAGGGAGAGGAAGGGCUGGAAGGUGUCGAUCCACAACCUGUCCGGCUCCGCCGUGGCCGCGGCAUUCAUGGCCACGCCGUUCGUGCCGGCGACUGGCUGCGACACGGUGGCGCGGUCCAACCCCGGGGCGUGGCUCAUCGUGCGCGCCAACACGACGGGCUCGUCGGAGAUCUGGCAGCCGUGGGGCCGGCUGGAGGCGUGGCGGGAGUGCGCGCAUGGGGGUAAGGAGAAGGACGCCGUGUGCCUGCGGCUGCACCUCCUCCCGGAGCGGCGGGACGCGUGCGUGCUCGUGUCGGAGACGCCCCUGAGCUGCGACAAGGGCGGGGAGUUCUUCAUCGACAUGGAUAGGCAGUCGGUGCCCUCGGAUGAUGCUGGCACGGCGGAGACGUCGUACUGCGCGGCGAGCAUGGGGGAGUCGUGCGCGGGCGGCGGGUUCGUGAUGAGCUGCAGGGUGCAAGGCGAGGCGGCGAGCAUUAGCAGCCCGCCGCUGGUGCAGCUGGCCGCGCGGCACGUGACGUGCAUGGAGGACGCCGCCAUGUUCCUGGCGCUCGCGGCAGCCGUCGACCUGAGCGUCAAGGCGUGCCGGCCGUUCCGGAGCAAGCCGGCGGCGGCCGCCAAGAAGAAGAAGCAGCCUGCUGGCUCGUCGUCCCCUGAUGAUCCCCUCGAGCUCGACACGUAGCUAGAGCUAGCAGUUCAGGAACCAUGGCCACUCUGUAAAUCCGCUUUGUAAAUCAGAAGGAAGUUCAGAACCCCAUGAAUUUGUGAAUCUGACAGGACGACGAUUCAGUAA